GUCAUUGGAUUACUUUUUUCUCUCAUUCGCCGAAUUCUCUGCAUUUUUACUUCAUUAAUUUUAUUCACUGGAUAUUUAUUACUUGGGUGUACUCCUUGCCUUUAUUUUUACUUUUGCCGUGCUAACAGUCUUUCUAAACGUGACAAUUUGGCUAAAUCACUUGUUAGGCGUUGCACCUUUGCCUUCCAUUAUUUUGUUUUGUUGACGUCUUUAUUUUUUAGUAUUGGGCUGAUCUUCACAAAUUUAAUUUUAUUAUCCUCUGUUCAUUUAUUUGGUCCAAAUAAUUGGCCUCCAGAAAUUAGUAGGGUAAGCUUUUAUUAAAAAUCCCAUAUUUUUCUUCAGCUUUGCCUUUCAAUCGACCAAAAUCGUCAGUUAAUCCACCCUAUUUUAUUGCCUGAACAAACUUCACUUUCAUUGCCUCUUUCAUCAACAUUAAAUAAUAAAUUGCCGUCACAAUGUAAAUCUUUAUGGGAUUAUCCCCAUCCUUUACCUUUAACUUCAAAAUGGACACUGGGAAUGGCUAGAAGGAUUCCUGGUCAGUGGCAAGCUCGAAUACCUUUGAAAGUUGAUGGAAGCCUUAUGCUUGCUGUCAGUACCCACUUCAUUUCCAACUACACUCAACAACGCUCUCCCCAACAUUAUGUUUUUUAUGAUUACGCUCUCCUUAAAUUCGGUUCAAACUCGACAAAACCUAUUGAAUGCAACCGACAAAAAUAUUCUGGAUGGUUGUUUGCUAGCAGUAAAUCUGUUCAAUUAGGCUUCCCCUAUUUUUUGGCCUGUUCUCCCAGUAUUUAUUUUAGAAAGGCGGCUUUAAUUGACUGUAAUGCUUUGACUAGAAGAUUAUAA